UUUGAAUUGAGCACGCGCAGUAUGACCUUACGUGGCAUUAAUGGUAGGUGUUGCAUAUUUGUGAUGCCUUUUCUUCUUUAAUUAUUGAUAUACAAAUAAAUUAUUACUUGUAUAUAGUUUCUAGUUUAAAGGAUAUUUUUUAGAUUAUAUUCAUCGCGUGUGACACUUACUGGAGUGCGAUAAAAAGAUUGUAUAUAAACAAUGCAUCCACAAUUCCUUCCUCAACAACAGUUUAAUCUCCCACAACCUCCACAAAGGAUGCCACCAUCUCCUACACCUCCGGGUGCUACAAAUCUCUCACAAGGGCAGAUGAAAUCAAAUAUUCUUCCAAACAAUUUUGGACCAUCUCCAUUAGAAAGUGGUCCACAAAAUGUAACACACGCAGGUGGCUUUAUGCCACAGUCUCAAGAUAUAUUACCUCAAAUGCCGCAAGUAAAUCAAAGAUCAACGUCAUCUAUUAAUCAAAAUGGUCCAGAGGUAAAUCAGUACGGAUUGCAUUCAGCUAUAAAUGGUCCCACAAGUUUCAAAACAAACCAACCGUUGAUGUCUGUACCCGGAAAUUUGACAAAUAAUCGACAACCUCCGCUACCGGGCCAACUACCUGUUAGUAAUUCAUCAUUGCCUGGUCAGACAGUUCAUGGUAGUUCUUUGGUAUCAAAUCCUGUAUCACCAAUGCCUAUCAUGCCACCUAUGGUCAAUCAACAACCACCUAUGGCUAGUCGCCCACCAAUUUCAUCUUCGCAAAUGCAACCCCCAAUACCAAAUCAAUUUCCAGUUAUGGGGCAGAAUCCUAUGCCUCAUUCAAAGCUACCACCUCAAGCACCUUUAACCCGACCAACUCUGCCUGGACAUCCCCCAAUGCCUAAUCAACCUUAUAUGCCACAAGGUCCUCCGAUACCGGGUCAACAACCCCCAAUUUACAAUCAAUUGACUAAUCAAAUGCAAGAUCUCCACGUGGGACAAAGACAGUAUCCCGGUGGUCCUAUGAAGUCUGCGGUUCUGAAUGGUGAAGUUGGACCGCAUAUGCCGCCACCUUUAAAUCAUCCACCUUAUGUAAAUGGUCAAGGUAAAUCUCCAGGUUAUCCUUCCGUACCAGGUCAACCACCAAUGAUGGGCGGUUAUCCUCAGCCCUCGUACCAACAGCCGGCACAACCUCAACCGAGAUUAGAUCCAGAUCAGAUGCCUAGUCCCAUACAAGUUACUCAAGAUGAUCAGAUAACACGUUCUGGAAUAUUUUGUACCAAUCAAAAAGGUUUAGUUCCGCCUUUGGUUACAACAAAAUUUAUUGUACAAGAUCAAGGAAAUGCCAGUCCUCGCUUUAUACGUUCGACAAUGUAUAAUGUUCCCGUUACACAGGAUCUUAUGAAACAAACAUCGGUACCAUUCGGCCUUGUGAUUAGUCCAAUGGCACGCACAUUAGAUCAAGAGUAUCCUCCGCCUAUUGUAAAUUUUGGGGAAUUGGGGCCAGUACGUUGCAUUAGAUGUAAAGCUUAUAUGUGUCCCUUUAUGCAAUUUAUUGAUUCGGGCCGCCGUUUCCAAUGUUUAUUCUGCAAAGCCGCAACCGAUGUGCCGGCGGAGUACUUUCAGCAUCUUGACCACACAGGCCAACGUAUGGAUCGUUACGAAAGGCCCGAAUUGGUUUUGGGAACUUACGAGUUUGUUGCUACUAAAGAUUACUGUCGAAAUAAUAAUUUUCCAAAACCGCCUGCUAUUGUGUUUUUAAUUGACGUUUCUUACAAUAACGUUAAGAGCGGUUUGGUUAACUUAUUGUGUUCACAAAUGAAAGAGAUCAUUAGGAACUUACCUGUGGAUCAGGGAAUGGAGAAGAGUAACAUGAAAGUUGGAUUCAUCACGUACAACAGCACAGUGCAUUUCUACAACAUAAAGAGCAAUUUGGCGGCGCCCCAAAUGAUGGUCGUGGGCGAUGUUCAAGACAUGUUCAUGCCUCUCUUGGAAGGUUUCUUAUGUACCCCCGAAGAAUCGGAAACCGUUAUUGAAGCUCUUAUGCAGCAGAUUCCGCAAAUGUUCAAUGACACGCGUGAAACCGAAACUGUUCUGCUUCCCGCGAUACUCGCCGGUCUUGAAGCGCUAAAGGCGUCGGAAUGCUCCGGAAAACUUUUGGUCUUUCACUCUACGUUACCGAUCGCGGAAGCUCCCGGUAAGUUGAAAAAUAGAGACGAUCGCAAAUUACUAGGAACCGAAAAGGAAAAAACUGUGCUUCAACCGCAAACCCAGGCUUACGUGCAAUUAGGUCAGGAGUGCGUAGCGGCGGGUUGUUCCGUCGAUUUAUUCCUGUUUAACAAUGCCUACAUCGAUAUUGCCACUAUUGGGCAAGUGUCGCGUUUGACGGGCGGUGAAGUAUUUAAAUACACAUACUUCCAAGCGGAUUUAGAUGGAGACCGUCUUAUAAGUGAUAUUAUAACGAAUAUAAGUAAACCGAUCGCUUUCGAUGCCAUAAUGCGCGUACGGACCUCAACUGGAAUUCGCCCUACAGACUUUUACGGCCAUUUGUACAUGUCGAACACGACCGACAUGGAACUCGCUUCUAUAGAUUGCGAUAAGGCGAUUGCGUUAGAAAUUAAACACGACGAUAAGCUUACGGAAGAGGACGGAGUAUAUAUUCAAGUAGCAUUGUUGUACACAUCUUGUUCGGGACAAAGAAGAUUGCGUAUAAUCAACUUAUCGCUCAAAACGUGUGUACAAAUGGCAGAUUUGUAUCGCAGCUGUGACCUUGACACACUAAUAAACUUCUUUUCCAAACAAUCCGUUUACAAACUGAUGGAACAUAAUCCGAAAGCUGUUAAGGAUAAUCUCAUUAAUCGGGCCGCCCAAAUUUUGGCCAACUACAGGAAGAAUUGUGCCAGUCCAAGCAGUGCCGGGCAAUUAAUUUUGCCUGAAUGUAUGAAAUUGCUUCCUCUGUACGUCAAUUGUUUAAUUAAAAGCGACGCUAUUUCGGGUGGAUCUGACAUGACCGUGGAUGACAGAUCGUUUGUAAUGCAAGCUGUAACGACGAUGAAUAUUCCUAACUCUGUGUUUUAUUUCUAUCCUCGUCUUGUACCGCUACACGAGUUACAUCCUUCCGAUGGUCCACAAGAAAUUCCAGCGCGUAUUAGAUGUACAAUGGAAAAAAUGAUCGAUCAAGGAGUAUAUUUAUUGGAAAAUGGCAUUCACAUGAUGAUGUGGAUAGGUCUCGGUGUUAAUUCCGAUUUUUGUCAGCAAGUAUUUGGUGUUCCAUCCUGUGUUCAAAUUGAUGUGGACAAAGUCAGUCUCCCAAUUUUGGAUAAUCCAUUAUCACGUGCAGUGCAUUCACUUUUACUACAAAUUAGAGAGGAAAGAAGCCGACACAUGAGGUUAACUUUAGUACGUCAACGAGAAAAGUUGGAACCAAUUUUCAAACAUUUCUUAGUGGAAGACAAAGGAUUGGACAACUCUUCUAGCUAUGUUGAUUUCCUUUGUCAUAUGCACAAAGAAAUUAGAUCAAUACUUAGUUAGCAAAGUAGUGUAUAAUAAUUAAAACUGUUGUGGUAAUAAUGUAUAAUAUUAAUCACACUAAAUUCGAUACAUAAUUUUAUUAAAGGUAUAACUGUUAAAUUUUUACAAAUGUAUAUUUCAUUUAGGUACAGUUUUUUUAUUAUUUAAGGAUGCUUAUAAACUAAUCAAUUAUAUUUUAAGAAAUUAUCA